GGUAGCGCCGGUCGGUGGUCAGCGCAGGAACGCGCGGGGAGGCGCGGGUCUGGGCAUGAAGCUGGGCCGGGCCGCGCUGGGCCUGCUGCUGCUGGCGCCGUCGGUGGUGCGGGCGGUGGAGCCCAUCAGCCUGGGUCUGGCCCUGGCCGGCGUCCUCACCGGCUACAUCUCCUACCCGCGCCUCUACUGCCUGUUCGCCGAGUGCUGCGGCCAGAAGCGGAGCCUCAACCGGGAGGCGCUGCAGCAGGACCUGGACAACAAGCUGUUCGGGCAGCAUCUGGCCAAGAAGGUCAUCUUGAACGCCGUGUCCGGCUUCCUGAGCAACCCCAAGCCCAAGAAGCCACUCACCCUCUCCCUGCACGGCUGGACCGGCACUGGCAAGAACCUGGUCAGCAAGAUCAUCGCGGAGAACAUUUACGAGGGCGGCCUGAGCAGUGAUUAUGUUCACCUGUUCGUGGCCACACUGCACUUCCCCCACGCCUCCAACGUCACCCUGUACAAGGAUCAGUUACAGCAGUGGAUCCGAGGCAACGUGAGUGCCUGUGCGAGGUCCAUCUUCAUAUUCGAUGAGAUGGACAAGAUGCACGCCGGCCUCAUCGACGCCAUCAAGCCUUUCCUGGACUACUACGACGUGGUGGACGAGGUCUCCUAUCAGAAGGCCAUCUUCAUAUUCCUUAGCAAUGCGGGUGCAGAGAGGAUCACAGACGUGGCUUUAGAUUUCUGGAGGCGUGGAAGGCAGAGGGAGGACAUCAGGCUCAAGGACAUGGAGCACGCCUUGUCCGUGUCCGUCUUCAACAACAAGAACAGCGGCUUCUGGCACAGCAGCCUGAUCGACCGCAACCUCAUCGACUACUUCGUGCCCUUCCUGCCGCUGGAAUACAAGCACGUGAAGAUGUGCAUCCGGGCGGAGAUGCGCGCCCGGGGCUACGCCGUGGACGAGGACAUCGUGAGCAGAGUGGCCGAGGAGAUGACCUUCUUCCCCAAGGAGGAGAGGGUCUACUCGGAUAAGGGCUGCAAGACUGUGUUCACCAAGUUAGACUACUACUACGACGACUGACGGCUGAGGAGCCAGGGCCGCGGCUUCCAGUGAAGGAGGAACACCCCCACCGGCCCGGCCCUGCCCCCGCCAGGAACCGGACAAAUGUCGUCUACACCGCUCUGAGCCGCAGGCCGUCGCGCUCAGGGACCGCGGACAUGGACGCGAGGCCCUCGCGCCCAGCUCCCACAAGCGAUCAUGAUUUUUUUUAAAUUAUAUUUUAAUUUCAAGUGUUUCUGUUUCAAGGAAGGAUGAAUGUUUUA